UCGUUGACGUUCGAGGGGCGCGCCGAUUUUCCGCGGCGAUUUCACUCGCGCCGAUCGCGCGCGCGCGCGACGACAGCUCUCUUCCGUCGUCCUGUCGUCUUUUAUUACCUUCCUUCUCGCGGACGGAUCCGAUUGGGUUCGCGCGGCGAUCGUCCGUUAUUCGCAUAUCCUCCCUCGCCUCGGUCGUGUUGUAAAAGUACCGUUGUGCAUACAUACAUAUACGUGUAUUCACGCGCGCGCGUGCUUCCGCGUGUGUCUGUGUCUGUGCGACGACGACAAUCGUGCGGAUCGUGCGCUCUGCACCUCGCGACAGCCGACAGCCUCGGCCGUAUCGGCGCGGAGUAGCGAAGCGGAGUCAGCUGCGGAACUGUGCGGAUUGCGGAACCGCCACCGCCACCGUCCGUUUUCCCUGCUUUUUCCCGGUUUUCCCCGCAUGGGCCGCUCGCUCCUCCGCCACGGUUUUUCACGCGAGAAUGCAAGAGAAUCGCGGUAGAACGUGAAGACACGUCUGCUCCCUCCGCGAGGAAGGUACGGACGGCGGAGAGGACGUGCGCCCGCCCGCGAACAGGCCGCGGUUAUGUUUCUCGAUGGAGAGCGCUUUGACGACAAUGGCAGCAACGUCCCCGUCGAAGAGGAGACUGCAGAAGGAGUUGAUGUCUCUGAUACGCGAGCCACCGCCAGGUGUACACGUAGAUGGAGAAUUGGCUGGGCAAAAUUUGACGCAGUGGAUCGUUCACAUGGAAGGCGCUAAAGGCACGCUGUACGAGGGGGAACAAUUUCAGCUGCAAUUUAAAUUCAGCUCCAAAUACCCGUUUGAUUCGCCAGAAGUGACUUUCAUCGGUGGGAAUAUCCCUAUACACCCACAUGUCUACAGCAACGGUCACAUUUGUUUAUCCAUAUUGACAGAGGAUUGGUCUCCUGCUCUCAGUGUGCAAAGCAUUUGCCUGAGUAUCGUUUCCAUGCUAAGCAGCUGUAAAGAGAAGAAGAGACCGCCCGACAAUACGUUUUAUGUGAAAACUUGCAACAAGAAUCCAAAAAAGACAAAAUGGUGGUAUCACGAUGAUAGUGUCUAACAUUGAAAAAUGUGGAAAGAUUUUGUCAACUUGUCAACAUUGAAUUGUUGGACCAAGUGGGAUAACAUCCAAACCUGAUGCAUUAAAUCAAUAGAAUUUUGCAUACAAUAUUAUAUAGUCAAGUCAAUAUAACAAGAAAUUAGACGCGUACUUCAAAAAAAAAAAAGACAAGGCUACAACUUACUUAUUAUUAUUAUAGAGUUAAUGCAAACUGCGUGAGUUGUUUAAUCAUAAAUUAUUACAAUGUUGCUGAUAGUGAAGCGUAUUU